CAUACCAACUCUGGCCUUAAGCCUCAUAUUCUACAAGAUGCUCUCUCGCAUAGCCCUCACCAGCAUGUCCUGGAUACUGCUCUCCUGCCUGAUGUUCUUAUCUCAGGUGCAAGGUGAAGACUCCCUGAAAGAAGUACCCUCACCACGUAUUAGCUGUCCCACAGGCUCCCGGGCUUAUGGUUCUUACUGCUAUGCCUUGUUUCGGAUACCACAAACAUGGUUCGAUGCAGAACUGGCCUGCCAGAAGAGGCCCUCAGGACACCUUGUGUCUGUGCUUAGUGGAUCUGAGGCUUCAUUCCUGUCUUCCCUGGUGAAGAACACAGGGAACAGCUACCAAUACAUCUGGAUUGGGCUCCAUGAUCCCACCCUGGGUGAACAGUCCAAUGGAGGUGGAUGGGAGUGGAGUAACAGUGAUGUGAUGAAUUACUUUAACUGGGAGAGGAAUCCAUUCACUGCCUUAGACCAUGGUUUCUGUGGCAGCUUGUCAAGAGCUUCAGGAUUUCUGAAAUGGAGAGAUAAUACCUGUGAUGUGAAGUUGCCGUAUGUCUGCAAAUUCAGUGGUUAG